AAAAAAUUAGUUUCAAAUAGCUGUUUCAAAUAUGAAGAUAUAUAUUAAUGUACUCCUGGGUUUAAUACUAGUGGGUUUUGGAUGGGGCCAAAAUUGCAAUAGGCCUUGUGGGCCGUGCAUAUUGCCAACCUGCAACUACGAUGGAAAAUGUUACUACGAGGGAACCAGCGCUUGUGGACUUGAGAAUGAGAAGUGCCGCCGAAGGAUGAACAGUCUUCCCCCAUUCAUAAGAUCCGAUGCGGGAUUUUGUGAGGAUGGUGUCAACUUGUGUAACUAGCAUAUCGAAAUCUUUUAUUCUUUAAUGAUUUUAAACAAUAUAAACAAUUCAUUAAAAAUAAAAAAAUAUAUAUCUUGGCCAGAAA